UUUCAGGUUUUGAGUGGUGACGUGAUCAAUUUCAUGGCUGCCACUCCCAGUUCGCAUAGACGAAGAAUCUCUCUCUUCAGAAGUCUAUUCCUUGAAUCCAUUCGAAAGUGUCCCUUUCCAUACCUAUCUCCGCUCAGAUACUAUUCUUCAGAACCACCUAAUCACAACAUCGCCACCGUUGACGACGAUGACCACCUCAGUGUCAAACCCAAAUCAUCAACCAAAACCAAAAGGGCCAAAACUAUGGCUCGUCUCAUCAACAAUAAACCCUGGUCAUCAGACCUCGAAUCGUCUCUCACUUCUCUCUCUCCCACUCUCUCCAAAACUACCGUCCUACAAACUCUCCGCCUUAUUCGUACCUCAUCCAAUGCCCUUCAUUUUUUCGACUGGACCCAACAAAAUGGAUUCACCCACGACGACCAAUCUUUCUUCCUCGUGCUCGAAAUCCUCGGCCGAACCAGGAACCUCAAUGCCGCUCGGAACUUCCUCUUCUCAAUCCCAAGAAGGUCAAAUAAUUCCAUAGGGCUCGUAGACAAGUACUUUAAUAGUUUGAUUCGAAGCUACGCUCGAGCCGGGUUGUUCCAGGAAUCGAUGAAAGUGUUCUCGAAAAUGAGAGAAACGGGUAUUUCACCUUCCGUUGUUACUUUCAAUAGUCUUUUCUUAAUUUUGCUUAAACGUGGUCGAACUGGGAUGGUAUAUAACCUGUAUGAUGAAAUGCUUAGUACGUAUGGUGUUGCGCCGGAUACAUUUACUUUUAAUAUUUUAAUUAGAGGGUUUUCUAUGAAUUCAAAGGUUGAUGAAGGGUUCAGGUUUUUCAAGGAAAUGAAGAGGUUUAAAUGUGACCCUGAUGUUGUUACUUAUAAUACUCUUGUUGAUGGCUUGUGUAGGGCUGGGAAGGUGAAAAUUGCGCAUAAUGUGAUAAAGGGUAUGCUUAAAAAGGAUUUGAAUUUGAAACCUAAUGUUGUCUCUUACACAACUUUGAUUAGGGGGUAUUGUGGUAAACAGGAGAUUGACGAGGCUUUGGAUGUUUUUAGAGAGAUGGUUGACCACGGUCUAAAGCCGAAUAGAAUAACUCACAACACUCUUAUACAAGGCCUUUGUGAAGCACAAAAACUUGAUAAGAUAAAGGAAAUUUUUGAGGGAACUGGAGGGGAUGGAGUAUUUGUUCCAGAUACUUGUACCUUUAACACAUUGAUGAAUGCUCAUUGUAACGCUCAAAAUUUGGAUGAAGCAUUGAAAGUUUUUGAGAAGAUGACGGAGUUAAGGGUCCGACCAGACUCAGCCACAUACAGUGUUUUGAUUAGGAAUUUGUGUCAGAAAGGGGAUUUUGAGAGAGCAGAGCAGCUAUUUGAUGAGCUAGCGGAGAAGGAGAUAUUGUUACUUGAUGUUGGAUGUAAGCCUCUUGUUGCUGCAUACAAUCCCAUGUUUGAGUAUUUGUGUAGAAAUGGGAGAACUAAGAAGGCUGAGACAGUGUUUAGGCAGCUAAUGAAAAGAGGAACACAGGACCCUCCUGCUUACAAAACUUUGAUCAUGGGGCAUUGCAGGGAAGGUAACUGUAAGGCUGCACAUGAUCUCUUGGUUUUUAUGUUGAGGAGAGACUUUGUGCCUGAUGUUGAGACUUACGAGUCCCUCAUUGAUAGUCUGUUGCAAAAGGGUGAACCUAAUCUUGCCCAUGAUACUUUGGAGAGGAUGCUGAAAAGCUCUCAUAUUCCCAAGACAUCUACUUUUCAUUCAAUUCUUGCAGAACUUGUCAAAAAGGGCUCUGCUCGUGAAUCUGCUAGCUUAGUGGCGUUAAUGCUAGAGAGAAAAAUUAGGCAAAACAUUGAUCUCUCAACAGACACUGUGACACUACUCUUCAAGAGCGGCUUACGGGAUAGGGCCUUUGAGAUUGUUCGGGAUCUCUAUGGGAACGGCUAUAAAGUGAAGAUGGAAGAGUUGGCUGUUUUCCUUUGCCAGAGUAGAAAGUUAUUAGAGGCUCAUGAAUUGUUGCUAUUUAGUUUGGAGAAGGAUAAAAAUGUUAAAUUAGAAAUAUGCAGCACGGUUAUAACUGGUCUUUGUAAAAUUCGUAAAGUUUCUGAAGCAUUUGGUCUUUAUUAUGAACUGUUAGAGAACAAAAUUGAACCACGUUUGAGCUGCCUAAAAGAGUUGAGAAUUGCUCUUGAAGCUGAAGGAAGAUCAAAAGAAGCUGAAUUUGUUGCUAAGAGGAUGCUAAAGCCGCGGUGGGACAAAUCUCCUUCAAUUUCCAAGCUUGAGCCAACCGUGGCCAUAUCUUGACACUUUUACAUCUUUGUUGCUAGGAGUUAAUCCAACUUCAGAAGGAAGACGACCCAAAAAAAACCUGGAAUGUAGGUCGCUAAAAGGAACAAAUUCUUCUCGCCCUUAAAUUAUUCUCUCACCAAGUAGUUUGUUGAGGUAACCAUGUGUGGAGGUAAGGGGGCCCAUUCUGAACCCCUUCUUGAGGGCCUUCCGCAAAGAUUAUAUAGAUCGGAAGUGACAACCGAUUCUCAAUGCUAUCUUUGGGACCCCUCCCAUAACUGUGAUAGAGAAUACACCACUUUUUUGGGUCUUACUGAUAUUGGGAAUUCACAAUAAAUUUAUGUGGCAAUUCUGUCCCCAGCAGAACCUAGCAUCAUCAUCUGGCAGUGGCUCUGGUCCAUUGUAGUACCCCCAGUUUGAUUGUAGAGUUCAUGGGAUUGAGAUGAGCCUCCAUAUCUGUUCCUCACAAGCAUAUUUGGUGCAACUGGAACAAAGAAUCUACUGAUGAGAACUUUUGGCCGCAUGACUUCUUGUUACAUUGGAUGCCAAGUACAAAAUCCUUCUCAUUGCCUGGGAAUUUCCCCCUCUGAGCUGGUGUUGGUACAAUACUGAUGGAAGUUCCUUGAAGGAGGAGGAUAAGACUGGGCCUGGGGUACUAGCAAAAUUCCUGAAUCCAAAUGGGAGAAGCCUGACAAUAAAUUAUCUCAGAGAUUUUGUUUUUCAAGUAGUUGUGAUGUGUUCAUCUGCAGACAUCUCUGAAUUUGUAUUUGCGUCGUUGAAUUAUACUGUCUUCAACCUAAUUUCCUAUGAUCUAUGGAUUCUGAAAGAGAUUGUAAGUU